AUGUAUGUUGAUGUCGAUGUCGAUGUUGAGGUUGAGGUUUACAUCUUCAUGUUCAUAUCAAUAUCCAUAUUAACCAAAGACAAACAAACAACCAACCAACCAACCCAACCCAACCCAACCGCUCUCAACCCGACCCGUAAAGCCACCUAG